AUGGCGGGCACGAGUCCCGCUAUUCCUUUUGAUGAGCUGGCUCACGAGCCAUCCUGGGCUUCGACACUUUUCCAGCAGCGACCUUGGGACUCGACACCUGGUAUGUGCAAUGUCCCUCACGACAGCGAUGCACCGGAAAGAGUUCUGAAAUAUGACAUGUUCCAUCUUUUCAAAGUUGGGCUUGGACGAGAUAUUUGUGGCUCCCUGGUUUUUUUGGCUCGCCUUGGAUAUUACGAUGAUCCGAAUGGCGGCGAUGAUGCAAAUAUCAAGUCGAGGCUCAACCGCUGCUUCUCCCAUUUCAAACUGUGGCGACUGGCAUCCCACAAGACAGCAGCUGUACGAUACUUUUCGAAGUCGCUGUUCAAUCUGAAACGGUUGACCGACUUCGCAUGGGCGAACACCAAGGGUUCGGAUACCAUGCUCUUGUUGGAAUAUCUCAGCUUCUAUGUGACGAUCUUGCUGAGAAGACCCAACUUGCCUGCCGCACAUGCUGCUUUGUUUCCUAUUCUGAAGAAGACGAUCCUGGAGUCGCAGAAGGCCUUCACUUUGAUGUACAAACAUGGUCUGUGGCUGAGGAGGGCAUGUGCCCAAAAUCUCUAUUUGAGGUUGAUGUCCGUACUGUCGGGCUACCAGCAUCUGGCUCAGCUUGCUUUGACGAUGAGGAUGCCGUUUUUUGCGCUGAAACCCAAAUUCCACGGCAUCCACCAUGUGGCAUAUGAGAUCCGACAAGCAUUGCUGGCCAAUGCAAAGCUCAUCCCGAACCCCAUCAUGUGGGGGUGUGAGCAAGGAGAGGACCUUAUCGGUCGAGUCUGUGCUCUAUCGAUCAAAGUUUCGGUGACAACGAUCAGCAAGCGGGUGCUGCAGAGACACUUCCUGAAAAAGGCAGCUCUCAUCAGGAGGCACCGACAGCUCCGAUCCAGCCGAAAGCUGCGGCUCUGA